CCCGCGGGUCGGUGCUUCCCUUCCCAGCCCUCCGAGACGCCGCAGCCUCUCCUGUGCCUGGCACCGGCCCCGCCAGCAGACCCUUCCCCAAGGGGAGAGGAAGAGGGAGAAAAGCUGGGCACUCCCCGGCCCGGUAGGAGCCACACGCUGCCCGUCCCGCUCGGGCAUAGCACCGAGCAGUAACGCUGCUCAGCCGAGGAGCCGCGCCGGGGAGGAGCAGCCUGAUCCCCGUGUCACAGGCCGGGCGCUGAAGAAGGAUGGAGAAGUUAAGCAACGUGCCCAAGGCCAGUGGCACAGCCAGGUCUGGGAGCCAAGUCUCCUGGGUCCCCCCAGGCCUGCGCCCUGUCUUAGCAGAGCUAAUAUAGCUGUUGGAGAGUGAGUUGGAUUAAUUCUGAGCACGUGCUUCAUCAACAGAAUUGAUAAAUGCAGAAGAUUGAGAAUGCUGUGAAGACAAGAACCAUAAGAAAAUUUUUCAGGUUAAGUGUUAAAAUUGGAGGCUGUCAUGGAAGAGAUUCCAGUUAAAGUUGCCGUAAGAAUAAGACCUCUGCUUUCCAAAGAGAUUCUUCACAACCAUCAAGUAUGCAUGAGACUGGUCCCAAACACACAACAAGUUAUCAUUGGGAAAGACCGUGUCUUCACGUUUGAUUUUGUAUUUGGCAAAAAUUCAACUCAAGAUGAAGUUUAUACAACUUGCAUUAAGCCUUUAGUAGUGUCUUUGAUUGAAGGAUAUAAUGCUACAGUUUUUGCUUAUGGACAGACAGGGUCUGGGAAGACGUACACCAUUGGUGGAGGUCACAUUGCAUCGGUUGGAGAGGAUGAAAAAGGUAUCAUUCCACGUGCUAUACAGGAACUAUUUCAGAGCAUCUCUGAAAACCAUAAUAUUGACUUCAGUGUGAAAGUAUCUUAUAUAGAGGUCUACAAGGAAGAACUCAGAGAUCUGCUGGAGUUAGAGACUUCUAUGAAAGAUUUACACAUCAGAGAAGAUGAAAAGGGAAACACAGUGAUUGUUGGUGCCAAGGAUUUCCAAGUGGAAAGCGUGGAUGAAGUGAUGAGCCUUUUAGAAAGUGGGAAUGCAGCUCGCCACACAGGUACGACACAAAUGAAUGAGCACUCCAGCCGAUCUCAUGCUAUUUUUACCAUCAAUAUUUGUCAGCAACGACCUACACAGUCUCUGAAAAAUGUAGCUGCUGCGCAAGAUUUAUCUCUGAGAUCAGGCCAGAUCAUUGCUUCUAAGUUUCACUUCGUGGACUUGGCAGGAUCAGAAAGGGUGACAAAAACAGGGAACACUGGUGAACGGUUCAAGGAAUCAAUUCAGAUCAACAGUGGCUUGUUGGCUUUGGGAAAUGUGAUAAGUGCUCUUGGAGACCCAAAGAGAAAAAGUGUACAUAUCCCAUAUAGGGAUGCUAAAAUUACUCGUAUUCUGAAAGACUCCUUAGGAGGAAACGCCAAGACGGUCAUGAUAACAUGUAUAAAUCCGUCCUCAUCUGACUUUGAUGAGUCUUUAAAUUCCCUCAAGUAUGCCAACAGAGCCAAGAAUAUUAGAAAUAAACCAGUUGUAAACUACAACCCUGAGCGGGACCGGAUUGAUGAAAUGGAACUUGAGAUCAAGUUGCUCCGGGAAGCUUUGCAGAAUCAGCAGGUUAGUGUAAUGAGCCAUGCUAGCCAGGGAUCACAAGAUAUGAGUGAAGAUAGGACUCGAAUUCAUUCUCUUGAGGAGCAGCUUUCCCAGCUUCAGGUGGAAUGUUUCAACUACAGAAAUUGCAUAGAGGAAGCGUUUCCCUUUCUAGUUGAACUAAAUGACUUUGCCAGCCUAACAAGGCGUCAACAAGAGAAGCUGCAGGAUUGGAUCAACAUGGCACAGGAGCUAAGGAAGGUAGCUCUCGUCAUGCCACGAACUGAUAGUGGAAUUGGAAGCGACCAAGAGGAGCCACAUCAUAUUACAAUUCUUCAACUGAAGAGGGAACUAAAAAAAUGCCAGCAGGCUUUAGCUACGGACGAAGAAGUAUUCAGUCAAAAGGAGCUUGAGCUGAAGGUAUUACAGGAUCAAAUACUGACAUUGAUACAGGAAAACCAAGAACAUCUGGAAUCUCUUAAAGAGGCACAAGAAACAAAUAAAUUACAGAAUGAGAAAAUGGUGGAACAGCAACUCCUUAUUGAUCAGCUGAAAGAUAAGUUAGAGAAGCUUACUGUGACUACAGCUUCAGUAUCCAGAAGUGCUUGUGGAGAUGGGCCAGCUGCUAUGACAUCUGCAAGAAGACCAUAUAGUGUGCCACUCACUAAUAGUUUAGUACAUUCCAUUCAUAUGGCUACAGGCCUGGAGUCCCGAAAGGUACACACCAGCCCUCCUACUUACUCACUGGCCCGAGUAAUGGCUGGAUUUCAGACUCGCAGGCAAAUGAUAUUGGGUCAUAUAGAAGACCAAGAUGAAGUCCUUCACUGCCACUUCUCUGAUCAUAGUGAUGAAGAAGAAAGGAACACAGACAGCAAAAAGAAAUCAGCAUUUAGGCGUUCCAUAAACCGCACAUGGACACGAAAACAGACUCUUCUUUGUUCUCCCCUUCAACUGACUGAUCUACAGUUCCAAAUGCACAAGUCCAAUUUAUCAAAUGAAACCACACUGCAGACUGACACUGUCACAGGUGAAGAGAUUGAAUGCCACCGUAAGAGUCGUGUAAUAAACAUGCAGAAAUUAAAGGAUUCAGAGCUGAGACUCACCGAGGCCAAGCAAAAGAUGAGAGAACUUGCACUUAAUAUCAAAAUGAAGGAGGAACUUAUUAAAGAAAUAGUAAAAACAGGCAAUGAUGCUCAGUCUGUAAGCAGGCAGUACUCUUUGAAAAUAACUAAACUGGAACAUGAAGGUGAGCAAGCCAAGAUAGAAUUAGCUGAAACACAAAAGCAGCUUCAGGAGCUGGAGAACAAGGAGCUGAGAGACAUUGCUGAGAAAGCCAAGUUACAAAAAGAGUUUCGGAAGAAAAUGGAUACAGCUAAAUUAAAAGUGCAGGUCUUACAGAAGAAGCAGCAGGACACUAAGAAGUUGGCAUCAUUAUCUACCCAAAAUGAGAAACGGGCUACAGAACUUGAGCAGACUGUGAAUCAUAUGAGGCAGCAGCAGGCUCAGCUACAGAAAAGACUGCGAGAGGAAAGUGAAAAAAAGAAAAUUCUUGAGGCAGAGAUUGCAAGGGACCAACAGCAAAUCAAAGAACUUCAGUUAAAGACAGAGCAACAGCAGAAAAUUCUCAAACUUAAAAAUGAAGAGAUUGCUGCUUUUAAAAAGAAGAAAAACUUGGCAGAAACUUCACAGCAAUUACAGAAACAGGAAGAGCAAAGGAAAUGGUUAGAUGAAGAACUAGAGAAGGUUCUGCAUCAACGUCAAGAAUUAGCAGAACUGGAAGAAGACUUAAAGAAAAGAGAAGAUAUCAUAAACAAGAAAGAAGCGUUGUUACAAGAGAAAAGUCAUUUGGAAAUCAAGAAACUAAGAUCUAGCCAGGCUUUAAACAAAGAUAGCUUGAAAUUAUCUACCCGCCUGAGUAUGCUGGACAAGGAAUUGUGUGAUAAAAGUGUGCAGCUCCAGACCAGUGCCAGUGAAGAGAAGAGACAGAUUGUGGAAGAAGUUCAGGUUCUUCAGAAAGAAAGGGACCAGCUGCUCAGAAGAAGAAAUAGUGUGGAUGAGAAACUUAAAGAUGGUAAAGUGUUAUCCCCUGAAGAAGAACAUGCCCUUUUCCAACUGGAAGAAGGGAUUGAAGCUUUGGAGGCCGCCAUUGACUACAAGAAUGAAAAUAUUCAGAAUCGCCAGCACUCACUUAGAGGCUCAUCUCAAAUCCUUACACAGAGCGAGGCCAAUGUAAUGGGAAAACUAGUUUCCCUGUCUGCUACUGAGCUUAGAGCUAUUCUCUUCAAAUACUUCAACAAGGUUGUUAGCCUACGUGAGGCAGAACGUAAAUUACAGCUGCAGACUGAAGAGCUAGAAAUGAGAGUCAUAGAACAGGAAAACAUAAUACGCGAACUGGAAUCGGCACUCGAACACCUCACGCUACAGUGUGACAGGCGACUGACCCUCCAGCAGAAAGAACAUGAACAAAAGAUACAGUUAAUAUUGCAUCAUUUCAAAGAACAAGAUGGUGAAAGUAUUGCAGAAACCCUUAAACUGUAUGAAGCUAAAGUCGAACAAUUGGAAAAAGACUUGUUCUUCUAUAAGAAAACCAGCAGAGAACUAAAGAAGAAACUGAAGGAGCUGGUGGGAGAGUCAUUUUAUCAGCUGGUGGCACCAACUAAAUAUAAUGAUGCUGCUAACAGGAUACUCAGCCAAGAAGCAGGAGUUUCUUCAGAAAAAUUCAAAUUGACAUCCAAACCUGAAAGUAACAAACUAUCAGGAAAAUUAAGAGAAACAGACAGCCCAGCAAGUGGUUUAAAGUGGUGGCAGAAUUCAUACAGGCUUGAAGAAGAUGUUUCAGAGCUAGUACACAAUAGAGGGUGUUUAUCAAGUAGUACGGAAGACCAACCAGGACCAGAUGAAGUACACCCUUCAAAAUCUCAUCCUCAACUAUUUUCUCAUCCUCAGACAAAAGAGAUCAUAACACAGCUUCAAGGAGUAACUCCAGUAAAACUGUCUCGCCGAGAAUUACGGCAUAUUCCUGCGUCCCAACUAUCACUGAGGCGCUCCAGCCUUGGAGUUGGUGUCAAUUCUGUUGCUGCAGAUUCCAUUGAAAUGUCCAGAAAAUCUAAUGACUUCAAGAUAUAGUUAUUCUUUGACACAUUUUUAGCAGCACAUGCUACUGGAAUCACUGUAUUACAUUUCCUUUAUUCAUGUACUAGUAAACUAGCAGCCACAUUGUUCUGUAACUGUUGAUAUUCAGAACACCAGAGAUCAUAUAUGUCUCUUGCGCUUAUGCAGUUUCAAAGAAUCUGAGACACUGUCUUAUUGGCAUGACCACAAACAGGCACAUGAUUAAAAAGCUUUUUAUUCCUGAGAGAAAAAAAAAAUCUUUAUACUCCUUGGUUUUUCAAAUCACUCUAAAAGUUCUGGUGCAUUUUUCAAAAGUUAACAUUAGUGAAGAUUGAAGACUAUUGAAGUGUACAAGAAUAUUCUGAGACUAAGGUAAUUUCACUUUCAUGGUUUAAAAACACAUCAAGGUCCCUGGUAAUUUGCAAAAUACAUAGUUUAAAAGCUUGGCUGCUGGACCUAGUAAUUGUCAGUGACUGAAUUCCCAUCACUCAUACUACAUAUCUUACGUAGCAUAUGUUUGAUAUCAGGAUCUAAAACUAAGUUCGUUCCUUGAAAGGCACAUAUGUAAAUAUUUCAAAUAAUUUUUAAUUUUUCCUCAGUAUUUAAUUACUUACUCUUAUGUAAGAGUUAUAUUGCAUGAGCCAAACAUGCCUUAAAAACUGUUAAGUCUUUUUCUUUACAUGUUUAUAUAAACUUUUUUAAGCUGUGUGCGAAACAAGUAUUAUGCCUUAUUUGUGAAAUUGAUGCAAUUACUUAUUUCACUUUACUUUUUGUGGUUUUUGUUUGUGGGUUCGUUCGUUCUUUCUUUCUUUCGACGUAUCUAGAUUUGAAGUGUGAUGUUUGUGUACUAUUGAAAUGGUAAAUAUGGGACCAAAAAUUCAGCAUUUUAAGGUAAUCCAGCAGUACAGUGUUAUUAGUAAUACAGUAUUACUAAUACUACAGUAUUACUACAGUACUACUACAGUAUUAGUAAUACAUUGUUAUUAGUAAUAACGGUUCACAACCUUUAAUUUAGAAGGAAAUGUGAAUCAUUCUUUUAAAAUCCAAAUGUACUUCAGAGCAGACAGUACACAGAUCCAUUGGUUAACAACUAGUUUGUUUAGUUCUGAAUAAUAAGUUAAAUAGUGUUUUGUAAGAGAGCAGUUAUCAUUCACAAGAAGCUAGUUAGCUGAGCUGACUUGAAGGAAGAGGCCAAGAUUUCUGAAUUUGAGUGCUAUAGGUUAGGCACCUACAUUCAUAUUUAGGCUCCUAAGUAAAAGUGACCUGAUUUUCAAAGGUGAUUAGUACCUCUGAGCUCAGCAGUUUUGAAAACCAGGCCAUUUUUAUGUAGAGACAUAACUUUAAGCACCCAUAUUUGAAAACUUUGUCCUGAAUUAUUUGCUGCACUUAGCAGCAGCAAAUCCUUCCAGUCUGAACUGAGAUUAUUUGCUGAUAUACUUGGAUUGAAGCCUCCAGUACAGAGCCACUGAGAGAAAGAGAAUUUCAUUUUCCCAUGCUUCAGGCCAUCAAAGGCCUGUCUACAGAGCAAAUUUUACCAUGUCAGGAGAUCAUGUUGUAACAUGAUAGUGCUCUGACUGUCUUAUAACACAAUUGUUGGUCUUUUCUGUAUAGAUUGCACAAAACUGUAUUAUAACCAUAUUGAUGAACCAUUUUGCAGCCCUGUAAAGGCCUAUAUAAUUGUAUCCUUGAAAACUGGACUUAUUACUUAUUGUUCUGUAGAAUUGUGAUAUAAGGGAGUUGGAGGUUUCUGGUUUUUUUUUAAACUGGUUGGUGGUUUUGGUUAGGAGUUUUUACUGUGCUGUAAGUCUAAAUAAUUGAGGCUUUGUCAUGUUAAAUUUUAUAUAAAUGUAUUUAAUAUUCAUAUCUUAAUACAGGUAUGCUAAAGCAAUACAUGGAAAUACAGUAAAUGUAUUAAAAAGCUUAAUUUCA